UCUGGCCUCUGACUUCCGGUUCCUAGGGAUGCGCAUCCGGGUCACGCUAACGCCGCGGUUUCCUCCAUCCGCUUGGUUCUGCUGUGAGUCUGGACCAGUACCCAUGUCCUGCUUUGGGGCCUCUGCAGCCUUAGAACAGUGAAGACUGCUGACAGACACUCGCAAUCCAGCCACAUAAACGUUAGGAAGGAAUACUGGUCCUCAUGGAAGAAGAGCAAGACUUACCAGAACAACCAGUAAAAAAAGCCAAGAUGCAGGAAUCAGGAGAGCAAACUUUAAGUCAAGUGAGCAGCCCUGAAGUCAGUGAUCAGAAACCUGAAACUUCAAGUCUUGCUUCAAACCUUACCAUGUCAGAGGAAAUUAUGACAUGCACCGAUUACAUCCCUCGCUCAUCCAAUGAUUAUACCUCACAAAUGUAUUCUGCAAAACCUUAUGCACAUAUCCUCUCAGUUCCUGUGUCGGAAACUGCUUACCCUGGGCAGACUCCGUACCAGACACUACAGCAGUCUCAACCCUAUGCUGUCUACCCUCAGGCAACCCAAACAUAUGGACUACCUCCUUUCGGUGCAUUGUGGCCAGGUAUGAAACCUGAAAGUGGUUUAAUUCAGACUCCAUCUCCAAGUCAACACAGUGUUCUUACCUGCACUACAGGGUUAACCACAAGCCAGCCAAGCCCAGCACAUUAUUCUUAUCCCAUUCAAGCUUCAAGCACAAAUGCCAGCCUGAUAUCCACUUCAUCUACAAUUGCCAAUAUUCCAGCAGCAGCAGUUUCCAGCAUCUCAAACCAGGACUAUCCCACCUAUACUAUCCUUGGUCAGAGUCAGUACCAGACCUGCUACCCCAGCUCCAGCUUUGGAGUCGCGGGCCAGACUAACAGUGAUACCGAAAGUACCACAUUAGCCGCAGCCACAUACCAGACGGAGAAGCCUAGUGUCAUGGUACCUGCGCCGACAGCACAGAGACUUUCCUCUGGAGACCCUUCUUCAAGCCCAUCUUUGUCCCAAACCACACCAAAUAAAGAUGCGGAUGACCAGUCCAGAAAAAACAUGACUGGCAAGAACCGGGGCAAAAGGAAAGCUGAUGCCAGCUCUUCCCAGGACAGUGAAUUGGAACGGGUAUUUCUAUGGGACUUGGAUGAAACCAUCAUCAUCUUUCACUCUCUUCUUACUGGAUCCUAUGCCCAGAAGUAUGGAAAGGAUCCAACAGUAGUGAUUGGCUCAGGUUUAACAAUGGAAGAGAUGAUUUUUGAGGUGGCUGAUACACAUCUGUUUUUCAAUGACUUAGAGGAGUGUGACCAGGUGCACGUGGAAGAUGUGGCUUCUGAUGACAAUGGCCAGGACUUGAGCAACUAUAGUUUCUCAACAGAUGGUUUCAGUGGCUCAGGAGGCGGUAGCAGCCAUGGUUCCUCUGUGGGUGUCCAGGGAGGUGUGGACUGGAUGAGAAAACUGGCUUUCCGCUACCGAAAAGUGAGAGAAAUCUACGAUAAGCAUAAAAGCAACGUGGGUGGCCUGCUCAGUCCCCAGAGAAAGGAAGCACUGCAGAGACUAAGAGCAGAAAUUGAAGUUUUAACAGAUUCCUGGUUAGGAACUGCGUUAAAGUCCUUACUUCUCAUCCAGUCCAGAAAGAAUUGUGUGAAUGUGCUGAUCACUACGACGCAGCUGGUUCCAGCUCUGGCCAAGGUUCUCCUGUAUGGGCUAGGAGAAAUAUUUCCUAUUGAAAACAUCUAUAGUGCUACCAAAAUUGGUAAGGAGAGCUGCUUCGAGAGAAUUGUAUCUAGGUUUGGAAAGAAAGUCACAUAUGUAGUGAUUGGAGAUGGACGAGAUGAAGAAAUUGCAGCCAAACAGCACAACAUGCCUUUCUGGAGAAUCACCAACCAUGGAGAUCUAGUGUCCCUCCACCAGGCUUUGGAGCUUGAUUUUCUCUGAGAACUGGAAUGAAGACCCUUCCCCGUGAGCUCCUUUUCCCUCCUGAAAGGAGCUAGAGACCAGAACCAUCUGGGAACUCUCUCUCUCUCUCUCUCUCUCUCUGUGUCUCUGUCUCCCUUUCUGUCUCUGUCUCUGUGUGUGUGUCUCUCUAUUUCUCCAUGGAAUGCUGGCGAGAACACAAUCAGAACCAACAGCUGCAAGGGACGAAGCUUAUUUUUGCUAAGAGUGAGCUGCGGCCCCGUGUUCACCGUCGUGCAGAGGCAGGAGACGGUGGGAUGGAGAGGACUCACCGCAGCGACAGUGCUUUUAAUUCUUCGGGGGUUUGUUUCGUUUUAUUUUGUUUCCAAAAAAAUGAAGAAAAGAAAAGGCAAUUCUUGGGGCAGAGUUGCACUCUUAGUUCGUGCCCAGUUUGAGAACUGCUCUGAACUUGCGGGAACAGGAUACACGUGGCAGACUUUUGUGAUACCAUCUCUUGCGGUCUUUGGAAUCUCCUUAGCUCUAGAACAUAUUCCCAGGGAAUGUAUAUGUUAUUUUUAUAGUUAAGGGUCUGGUCUCUGAAGCAGGUUUUCCCUCCUUUCUUUUUCUAACAAGAAAGGGGUGUGUAAAGUUUCCUUGGAAAAUAGCAAUUGAAAUGUCUAAAAUACCUCUCUGUGACAGUAGCACCUCCUUUAGCUGCUCCGGUGGUCUGCUCUCUAGGGCGGUUUCCUUCCCGAUCUUCCAUCUCCUAGUCGGCUGAACUGUGGGGCACUGGACACUGAUAACCUUGAGACUUCGGAAUUUCCCAUCCUAGAAGCCUUAGUCCCCUCUCCAGCCCCUGUUCCCCUUCAACCAAAUGGCACAACCCUAGAAACUCCCUCUCUUAAGACAUAAAUUCCAAGCCUUCAGCUUGACUUUUAUUCAAAGACUGUGUCCCAGAGGGCUUACCUCCCAACUGGAGGGAAAGGACUAAGGCUUUGUAGGAAUUUCUGCUUCUUUGGCUCUUGGAACAAGAAGAUUCCACUUUGUCUGGCAGAGAAGCACCCUUCCCCAGCAGCAGAGGCUCACCCCUCCCCCCUUCUCUUCCUCCUUAAGUCACCUGCCCUGCCCCUCUGUACCUCCCAUCCGCCUCCAUGCAGCUCUGGCCAGUCGCUCAGCUUUGGACCCAAGAAGUUAAAUCAAGCCUAAGAACAGACUCGUAACUACAUUUGACUUCCUUUGAAGCCCUUAAGCCAAGAAAGGUAUUUUGGGCAUGUAUUUACCCAAAUCUCUUGCCUGAAACCGAGGAACAGAUUGCUGUGAUCAAAACCCACUUUUCCCAUGGAACACCCUUUCUGCUUCUCAAAUCCCAUUCUAAAAUGGGAAACCAGAAGGCCAGAAAGACUUUCCUGAUCCAAAUGAGGGUGCUGGAACCCUACUCCAUGCCUGCUAUAUGCAGAAACAUCUGUCACCCUGACCUCUAGGAAGAUUGGUGGGUGCCCGGCAGCUAAUCCCAGCCUUAGAGCCCAGGUGUGUUUGCAGAUGCUCCAUCGCUCCAAGACGAAUGUGGGCCCCUGCUCGGGCAGGAUACACUUCCUAGCACUCAGGAAGUUGAGCCUCUCCCGGGCUGCCUGGAAAGGUGAUCAUGUCAGCCCCUCAGGCGUGCAGUCUGGGUCCUCAGGAGGAGGCGUCCCUUGACCACCCCCAGCUGUAAUCGCUCACCCCCAGAGAUUCUGUGCAUCCCUUUCUGGAGAUGUUGCGGCACUGAGGGGCCAGGCUCCUCCUGAUGCCAGGCCACCAGAUGGCAGCAGAGAAGACUGAUAGACACAUUCCUUCAGAACGGAUUGAGAAAGUGCUCCAUUCCUCACAGGUUUGGGGAAGGAGCUGGAGUCAGUGCUCAUUACUUAGCUGUCUCUCUCCGACCUCGUUUCUUGACAGGUGAGGAAGAGAUGAGGCAUGGAGUUGGAGGCCAACCUUCCACGGUCUGUGUAGAGCACAGUUGUCCACAUGCUCUGCCUGGCUUGGUAAUCGAUCUUAGAAAGCUCUGUAAUGGGCCUUUCUUCCAGGCCCCAAGCCCUCCCCCUACUAGCAGUAUAACUGUGGGUUCCCUGAGUUGGACAGAGGCCACCUGGUUGGUGCUGCAUGUCAGGCUUGUGAGGCUGUGCAGUGGUUCCCCCCGCCAUGCACACAGGGCCACACACAAACACUUCCCUCUCCCUGCCUUUUGGGAGAAGCGCUCUAUCCCUAGGAGUUAGACUCCUCUUUCGAUGGUGUUUCCCCCACCGCCCCCCUGACUGCCUAGCCUGGGUCUUUGCAAAAGGAACUUGGAAUUGGCUAAGAGAAGUGAGGAAGCUCUAUCGAGCAGAGCACCUCUGCUUUCUCUUGGUUGUUGCUGCCCCCAUUACGGAAAAUGAGAGCUUCUCGAUUCCUCUUUGCCAAAAUGAGUUGUGCAGGGAACACAGCAUUCUUUUACCCUGUGUUUUUUUCCUCCCCAGCACAAAGCUCUGGAAAGGAAUAAGUGGGUAGCACUCUUGGAAGUUGAGGGCAAAAUGGGUCAUUUCUUCAAGGGGAAGCCCUCUUUACCAGAAAGUGUCCCCAUGAAGUUACCCACAUCCUGAGUCUUUCCCCCAGCCAGGCGCUGUGGGUUCUGCCAGAUGGGUCUGCACGUCUCAUGGUGAGGACUGUCUCUAGUGCGGGGUCUGGAGUUGUCAGAUGUGUCCUGGGUUUAAGAGGUGGCUUGACUUUCGAAUGUAAAACUGACUGUGCCUUAGCAUCACCCUGUCCAAUGCCCCUGGGGCGGCUGGUGGUGUCUGGGAGAAUAGAUGCCUGUUCCAGACUUCGAUGCCUGUUUGGGCUUUUAUUUGGUUUGGGAUGUUCCUGUCUUCGCUCUGCAAUUUGAGGGGCAAAGCUAGCGUCCCAGGAGACUUGUGCCACGGCAUGUCCACAGUUUAUACAAACUCACUUUUCAAGCUCCAGGUAGAAUCUGAUUGGCAAACUCUGGCUGCAGCACGUGGAACCAUCUAGACAUUUGCUACAUUGAAUGGUGCCACUGAACCACGGGGCAGAGGCAGGGAGGGGCGGAGCCACAUUUUUUCUCUUCCUGGAGAAUGACGGUCUCCCCGGUGGAGAGCCGAGGGCCUUCCUCUCCUCACUCCUGUAGAAGGGGGACAGUUAGGGGCCUUCUUAAGCAGGCUUCUACUUCUUACCACCUUUUUCAUUAGCUUCCUUUUUCAUCCAAAACUUGGAACUCCCCAGAUAUUCUCACUUAUAAAGAAGCCAAAUCUGAAUUCUGGGAUUCUAAAAUAUCCUAAACUAUGAGAGAAAAAUCUAGUUCUGACCCAUCCCCAACUUGCAGGCCCUCUGUCCCUUCCUCUUCCGAUUUAGACCGCUCCAGCAAGCAAGGCUCUGUGGCUAGUCCCUAAUGCACUGACGGGAGCCAUCUCAUUAAGGACAGCUUGUACUCAAAACAUAACCCUCUGGACUUCAGAUGCCUCAUUUAGCAGGAAAAGGCAUUGAGUGGAUCGGAUAUAUUUAUGUGACUGCGGGCAUUCGUGGCUGUGUAGAGUCCUUGACCAUAAUGUUAUAUGUAAUGGGAACUAUCUUAUAAACUUGAAAAAAUAAAGUUUUUAUUUUCUAUA